CAACACUGAUAGGUUAUUUGUGCUACUCUGCCAUUCGCAUGAAUUGAAAAUAUGAAUUUUUGUUGUAUUUUUUAAGAUGGUUACGUUUGGUUAAAAACACGAAAGCCUUGUUUUUGUUUAACACGUGGAGUGCACGAGAAUCUUGCGAGCGUCUUUAAACGCAUCAUUAGCAUUCGGUUGUACGUGAACUGAGCAGCUGUCACACUUGAGUGUGGGCACCUGGCGAGCAUCGAGCCAACGACGCGUACUCUUAUUUCAAGAGCCAAGAGUUGGAACUUUUAGCCUCAAGUCCGGUUCACACACCCAACCUUCACCUCCAUCCAUCUGAACCUCUUUCGAGGAAGGAUCUCAUUGAAAGUGCCAUCUUUGGGGUAUUGGCCUGGACAGGAGAAACUAGUAUUUCAUUAGAAAUCCCCAUUUGGUUUUUCUGAAGAGGGCUUUGUGACCAUGGCACGUGGACAUCAGAAGAUACAAUCUCAACAGAAAAAUGCCAAGAAACAGGCAGACGCUAAGAAGGCCAAGGGUCAUGAUCAGAAGACGGCAGCCAAGGCGGCACUAAUAUUUACCUGCUUAGUGUGCAGGUCCCAGAUGCCAGACCCAAAAACCUUCAAGCAGCAUUUCGAGAGCAAGCACCCAAAAUCUCCUCUGCCCCCUGAGUUGGAGGGAGUGGAGGCAUAAACAGUCACCCUGGAUACCGAAAAGAGUUUUUCAAGGCCCUGCACCAACUCUGCAAUUGUCUCAGUCUUGACAGCAAUGGAUGAUUUGAUGCAAUCCACAUGAAGCAGUUUACUUCAUUUAGGCUUUAACAGGCCAGGUUGCCUUUGAUGCAAUUCUUCCUGUCUUCCUGUCCUGUUUCUGCUUGUGUUAAAAUACUAAUUUGGGUUAAACCCAAAUGCUGGUUUUGAUUUCAGGGUCACUGACAAACUUUAUAAUCCAGGUGGUGAUGAUACAUUUAAUUUCUGGCUUCAGUCUCAGAUUCUCAGAACAAACUCCUCACUGCCCAUGGUGUGUUGUGCACAUAGUAAUAUUUUUUUGCUGCUAGAUCUUGUAAUUUUUUAUCUAAAGCUUUAAUAGAUUGAGUGUAUGAUUAAACCAUUAUAGUCAGCAUGCCACAUGAGGUAAACUGUGCCAAGCACAGAUUUGAAAUGGAGGGGACAUAGACAAAAUGAUUUAAUUCUAAUUUUCGAUUUCUGUUUUAUUAGUAAUUGAGUAUUGAAUAAAAUGAACGCAGUGAGAGUUUUCUUUUCUGAUAACAGUCUGCCCACAGUGCUGUUUGCCUGUUGUACUGCAAUCUUUCAUCCCCUUAAUCAUGGUUUUAUGUUGGGUCAUAUAAAUGUGAAAUUUUCAUUUCCAAGCUGCUACAUGGAUUACAAGUAUUCAAUAAAAUUUUACUGGAGCUCGUCAACAACAUUUAUACGCUUGGGAAAAUGAUGUAUUAUAGCAUUUUAUUAAAUUUUACUUUGUUGUA